GGCAGCGGUGGGCGGCGGACCUGGGCGGCGGCGGCUGGCCGUGACGGACGGGCUACGGGUCUCCAGGAGUGCCUCGCUUACUCUCCCGGGCCUGGCUCUUCCCAGCGGCGCCCCCGAAGCGGGCUGGGGCACUGCGGCCUCCUCGCCUGCCCGCAGCGGCCCUGGGCUCGGGGCUUGGUGCUCCUAGCCAGGGCGGCUGCUCGGCUGUCCCCCUGGGACCUCUGCGUCGCUCUUGGGGUCGCGAAGGGCUGCCGAGAGCGACUUUCUGAGUCUGGAAGGCAUUUUUUGCUUCAGCGACUAGGAGGAGGAAGCGGAGGCGGAGGAGACCCUGAAACACUAACGUCUCAGUGUUACAUUGUACUUCUCUGGCUGUGCAGACUGUGGGAGCUUAUUCUGAAGAUGAAGAGAAGCUCCUUAAUGCAACAGACUGCUUAAGGAACAGGACAAUUUUCUAACAUAGAGUAUUUAUUACCUUCUCAUAAUCGGAUCAGAAGAUGAACCCAACAAAUCCUUUCAGCGGGCAGCAGCCUAGUGCUUUUCCAUCUUCUAGUAGUUCCAUAGGAACAUUUCAGGCUAAGUCACCAUUUCGAUUUGGUCAGCCUUCUCUUUUUGGACAAAACAAUACAUUAACUGGGAAGAGCUCAGGAUUUUCCCAGGUAUCCAGCUUUCCAACAUCAACUGGAGUAAGUUAUUCCUCUUCGGUGCCAACAUUAGGAUUCACGCAGACUACAAGUGUUGGACUCUUUUCUGGACCUGAACACACUCCCACCUUUGUAGCUCCCUCUGGGCCUUCAAGUUCAUCUGUGCCGGGAAACCCAGGAUUUAACUUUAAAUCACCUAGCAACCUUGGGAGCUUCCCAAGUACUUCUACUUUAGGAGCAGAAACUGGAGAAAUAGUAAGCUCUGGUUUUGGGAAAGCAGAAUUCAGCUUUAAACCUUUAGAAAAUGCAGUGUUCAGACCGAUAAUGGGGGCUGAAUCUGAGCCAGAGAAAACUCAGAGCCAAAUUACUUCUGGGUUUUUCACGUUUUCCCACCCUAUUAGUAGUGGACCUGGGGGCCUGGCCCCUUUUCCUUUUCCUCAAGUGACAAGUAGUUCAGCUACCAAUUCAAACUUUACCUUUUCAAAACCAGUUAAUAGUAACAAUUCAUCAUCUGCCUUUGCCUCUGGUCUGUCAAACCAAAAUGUAGAGGAAGAAAAGAGAGGACCUAAGUCAGUAUUUGGAAGUCCUAGUAGUAGCUUCAGUAGCUUCCCCAUAUCAUCUGGGUCUUUAGGUGAAUCCUUUCCAGUUAGUAAAACCAGUGUCAGACAAGGGUGUGAAGAAAGUGUUUCCCAGAUAGAACCACUUCCCAGCCUCAUGAAAGGGCUGAAAAGAAAGGAUGACCAGGACCGAUCUCCAAGGAGACAUGGCCAUGAGACAGCAGAAGAUUUGGACCCACUGUCCAGAGGCGAUCAUCCUCCGGAUAAAAGACCUGUCCGUCUGAAUCGACCUAGGGGAGGUACCUUGUUUGGUCGGACGAUCCAGGAUGUCUUCAAAAGCAAUAAAGAAGUAGGUCGUCUGGGCAACAAAGAAUCUAAAAAGGAAAUUGGUUUUGUUGAGUCUGGAGAAAGUGAUCAUAUGGCCAUCCCAGGAGGAAGUCAGUCUGUCUUGGCACCUUCUAGGCUUCCAGGUGUGAGUAAAGAGGAAGAAACUGAAAGUAGAGAUAAAAAAGAAGAUUGUCUAAGAGGAACUCCUGUGCGUCAGAGUAAGAGGAGCGAGAGCACAGACAGUCUAGGGGGCUUCUCUCCCGCUGAAGUUACAGCAAUCCAGUGCAAGAACAUCCCUGACUAUCUCAACGACAGAACCACUCUGGAAAAGCACUUUGGCAAAAUUGCUAAAGUGCAGCGCAUCUUUACUAGGCGCAGCAAAAAGCUUGCUGUGGUGCACUUUUUUGAUCAUGCAUCUGCAGCCCUGGCUAGAAAGAAGGGGAAAGGUUUACACAAAGACAUGGCUAUCUUUUGGCACAAGAAGAAAAUAAGUCCCAAUAAGAAGCCCUUUUCUCUGAAGGAGAAAAAACCAGGUGACAGUGAAGCCAUCCAGGGCACAGAAGACACCCCCUUUCAGCAUUCCCCUCUUGGAAAGCCUGCAGUGAGGGCUGCAGCUGGCAACCUGAAUAAAAGCUCUCCAGUGAAGAAGCCAAACCUUCCAAAGACGCACCAGUUUGAGGGAGAUCCUUUUGACUCUGGCUCUGAGGGUUCCGAGGGCCUUGGGCCAAGUGUGUCAUCCCUCAGUACCUUAAUAGGCACAGUGGCCGAGACUUCUGAGGAGAAAUACCGCCUGCUGGACCAGAGAGACAGGAUCAUGCGGCAAGCACGGGUGAAAAGAACUGAUUUGGACAAAGCAAGGACUUUUGUUGGGACUUGUCCAGAUAUGUGUCCUGAGAAGGAGCGCUACAUGCGGGAGACUCGCAGCCAGCUGAGUGUGUUUGAAGUGGUCCCAGGGACUGACCAGGUAGACCAUGCAGCUGCUGUGAAGGAGUAUAGCCGGUCCUCAGCUGAUCAGGAGGAGCCCCUGCCGCAUGAACUGCGGCCUUCAGCAGUGCUAAGCAGAACCAUGGAUUACCUGGUGACACAGAUCAUGGACCAGAAGGAGGGCAGCCUGCGGGACUGGUAUGACUUCGUGUGGAACCGCACACGGGGCAUACGAAAGGAUAUCACACAGCAGCACCUCUGCGACCCCCUGACAGUGUCCCUGAUCGAGAAAUGCACCCGAUUUCAUAUUCACUGUGCUCAUUUCAUGUGCGAGGAGCCUAUGUCCUCCUUUGAUGCCAAGAUCAACAAUGAGAACAUGACCAAAUGCUUGCAAAGUCUGAAGGAAAUGUACCAGGACCUGAGGAACAAAGGUGUCUUCUGUUCCAGUGAGGCAGAGUUCCAGGGCUACAAUGUCCUGCUAAAUCUCAACAAGGGAGAUAUCCUAAGAGAAGUACAACAAUUUCAUCCUGCUGUUAGAAACUCCUCUGAGGUGAAAUUUGCUGUUCAGGCUUUUGCUGCAUUGAAUAGUAAUAAUUUUGUGAGAUUUUUCAAACUGGUCCAGUCAGCUUCUUAUCUGAAUGCUUGUCUUUUACACUAUUACUUUAACCAGAUCCGCAAGGAUGCACUCAGAGCGCUCAAUGUUGCAUACACUGUGAGCACACAGCGAUCCACCGUCUUUCCUCUAGAUGGUGUGGUGCGCAUGUUGCUGUUUAGAGACACUGAAGAGGCAACAGAUUUCCUCAGCUAUCAUGGGCUCACUGUUUCUGAUGGUUGUGUCGAACUGAACCGAUCAGCAUUCUUGGAACCAGAAGGACUAUGCAAGGCCAGGAAAUCAGUGUUUAUUACUAGGAAGCUGCUGAUGUCAGUUGGGGAAGUCGUGAAUGGAGGGCCACUGCCCCCUGUCCCUCGUCACACUCCAGUGUGCAGUUUCAACUCCCAGAACAAGUAUGUUGGGGAAAGCCUGGCCACAGAACUGCCCAGCACUAAGAGACCCAGUUUGGACGUAGCAGGUGUGGAUAGAGAAGAGUGUGGGGCAGAGCCAGAUGCACCCCCACCUGGCCUCCUCCUGCAGUCUCUUCCUGCCCCUACACCCUCGCCAGUGCCUCUGCCUCACAUUCCAACAUUGACCUCAUCGUUGACACCUAGCCCCUUCCAGCCUUCUAUGCAGUCUGAGCUACUUUCUUCAAAGCCUGUACCCGUCUACUCUGAUGCGGACCUAGCACAAGUGGUAGAGGAACUCAUCCAGGAAGCUCUCCAGAGGGACUGUGAAGAGAUUGGCACUGCUGGGGCUGCCUAUGCAGCUGCGGCUCUGGGUGUUUCUAUUGCUGCUAUGGAGGAUCUGUUAACAGCUGCAACUGCAGGCAUUCUGAGGCACAUUGCAGCUGAAGAAGUGACUAAGGAAAGGGAGAGAAGGGAGGAAGAGAGGCGACAGGCUGAAGAGGAAAGGUUGAAACAAGAGAGAGAAUUGGUAUUAACUCAGCUGAGCCAAGGCCUGGCUGCAGAGCUUAUGGAACUCAUGGUGAAAGAGUGGGUGAGGGAAACCGAAUGCUGUGGAGAUAGACCAGAGGGUCCGCAUGGCCCGUUGCUGUGAGGAUGUUUGUACCCACCUGGUGGACUUAUUUCUUGUGGAGGAAAUUUUUCAGACUGCAAAGGAGACACUCCAGGAACUUCAGUGUUUCUGCAAGUAUCUACAACGGUGGAGGGAAGCUGUUGCAGCCCGGAAGAAACUGAGGCGCCAGAUGCGGGCCUUUCCUGCAGCGCCCUGUUGUGUGGACGUGAAUGACCAGCUGAAGGCACUGGUGCCCAGUGCAGAGUGUCCCAUUGCUGAGGAGAACCUGGCCAAAGGCCUCCUGGACUUGGGCCAUGCAGGGAAAGUGGGCAUCUCCUGUACCAGGUUAAAGUGGCUCAGGAACAAGACGGCUCACCAGAUGAAGGUUCAGCACUUCCACCAGCAGUUGCUGAGUGACGCAGCAUGGGCGCCUCUGGACCUGCCAUCCCUUGUAGCUGAGCACCUUCCUGGGAGGCGAGAGCGGGUAUUUUGGAAGCUGGUGCUGGUGUUGCCCGAUGGAGAAGAGCAGUCCCCAGGAAGUCCUAGCAGAAUUCUAGCAAAUUGGUUAAAAGUCAAAUUCAUGGGAGAUGACGGUUCAACAGAUGACACAUGCAGUGAUGUUAAUGGGAUUCAGACACUCACACUUUUUAAUGCACUUAGCAGCAAAGGGGACCAGACAGUUUCUGUCAGUGUAUGUAUAAAGGUAGCCCAUGGUGCCCUCAGUGAUGGUGCCCUUGAUGCUGUGGAGACACAAAAGGACCUCCUGGGAGCCAGUGGACUCAUGCUGCUGCUUCUUCCCAAAGUGAAAAGUGAAGAUGUGGUUGAGGAGGAUGUGUACUGGCUGUCGGCCCUGCUGCAGCUUAAGCAGCUCCUGCAGGCCAAGCCCUUCCAGCCUGCACUUCCAUUGGUGGUGCUCGUGCCUAGCCCAGGAGGGGAUCCUGUCGAGAAGGAAGUGGAGGAUGGUCUGAUGCUACAGGAUUUGGUUGCAGCUAAGCUGAUUUCAGAUUACAUUGUUACUGAGAUCCCUGAUUCUAUUAAUGAUUUACGAGGCACAACUAAGGUUUCACAGGCAGUGCGGUGGCUGGUCUCUCGCUGUCCCCACACUCUUGACCUUUGCUGCCAGACCCUUAUUCAGUACAUUGAAGAUGGGGUUAGCCGUGAAUUCAGUGGCCGGUUUUUCCAUGACAGAAGAGAGAGGCGUCUGGGUGGCUUGACCUCACAAGAACCAGGUGCCAUCAUUGAACUGUUCAACAGUGUGCUGCAGUUCCUGGCCUCUGUGGUGUCCUCUGAGCAGCUGUGUGACCUGUCCUGGCCUGUCACUGAGUUUGCUGAGGCAGGGGGCAGCCAGGUGCUUCCUCACCUACACUGGAAUGCCCCAGAGCAUCUGGCCUGGCUGAAGCAGGCUGUGCUUGGGUUCCAGCUUCCACAGAUGGACCUUCCACCCCCAGGGGCCCCCUGGCUCCCUGUGUGCUCCAUGGUCGUCCAGUAUGCCUCUCAGAUCCCUAGCUCACGGCAGACACAACCUGUCCUCCAGUCCCAAGUGGAGAAUCUGCUCCGCAGGACAUUCCGCAGGUGGAAGAGCAAGAGCCCCUCCCCUGACCAGGGGGUAGGACCUGCAGUUACUGAGAUCCCAUGGGAUGAUAUCAUUGCCUUGUGUAUCAACCAUAAGCUAAGGGACUGGACACCGCCCAGGCUUCCUGUCACAACAGAGGCACUGAGUGAAGAUGGUCAAGUAUGUGUAUAUUUUUUUAAAAACGAUUUGUCAAAAUAUGAUAUUCCUUUAUCGUGGGAACAAGCCAGAUUGCAGACACAGAAGGAACUACAGCUGAGUCAGGGACGUUUGGGGAUAAAGUCGUCUCAUCCUUCUGCAAACAAUUUUCCCACACCAUUGCUUCACGGGCAUCGUAAAGGGAAGAGGAGCAUGGAGCAUGGCCGAGAGGGGAGGAUUCCCAAUGCAGAAGACCUGAUGCGAGGAGCAUCUGCUGAGGAGCUCCUGGCUCAGUGUCUGUCAAGCAGUCUGCUGCUGGAGAAAGAGGACAACAAAAGGUUUGAAGAACAACUUCAGCAGUGGUUAUCUGAGGACUCAAGAGCAAUUACAGAUUCAACUUCCCUUCCCCUUUACCUUCCUCAGACUCUGGUGUCUCUUCCUCAGGCUAUGGAACCCAUGAUUAAAACAUCUACAACUUCUAGCCCACAGAAUGAAAGGACGGGGGAACAACUGCCGAUGUCAGAGGUGACAGGCACAUCUCUGACAGAACGGCUGAAGCACCUAGAAAGGCUGAUCCGGAGUUCAAGGGAAGAGGAAGUUGCCUCUGAGCUCCAUCUCUCUGCAUUGCUGGACAUGGUGGACAUUUGAGCAGCCUGACCUUAAGGGAGGGAGAUCUUCCCCAGAGUUUCUUCUUUUACUCAAAAUAAUGUUAUUCUCAGUUGCUUGAUGCACUGUUGGGAAUGUGAUUAUUAAUCAUGCAAAUAAACUAUCUGGAUGUCUAAUGAAGUCUU